AUGUCUCAGCCAGUUCAACGUGCCGCUGCACGUUCAUUAAUUCAAAAAUACAUCAAUAAAGAAACUCUAAAAUAUGUAUUCACAACGCAUUUUUGGGGUCCCGUUUCCAAUUUUGGGAUUCCUAUUGCCGCCAUAUAUGAUCUAAAGAAGGAUCCUACUUUAAUAUCGGGUCCAAUGACAUUUGCACUUAUCGCUUACUCUGGUGUGUUUAUGAGGUAUGCAUUAGCAGUUUCACCGAAGAAUUUCUUACUAUUUGGUUGUCAUUUUACUAAUGAAAUUGCACAAAUGAGUCAAGGUUAUAGAUAUAUCAAUUAUACAUAUUUUACAUCGGAUGAAGAAAAGGCUAAGAUAGCAUCUAAAUAUGAACAACAGGCAAAUGAUGCAGCAGCUGCUGCUGCUGCAGCUGCUGCCUCUCAAGCUCCUGAAGCUUCCUCAACUUAA